CGCAACCGAGAGCACAAUCUCGUAUUUCAAGACCCUCACCGGAAGUAUCUUGGACAAGCGAUAAAAGUGACAAUCAUCCGCGAUUCAUCAGUCGCAGUUUCUUUACGUUUCGGCGACCUGAUCCGACUCGAGGCAAUCAUGUUACUCAUUUUGUGCGCUCUCGUUGCGCAAUCUUUCGCUUCACCAAUCGCGAAUGUCUGGCUGAGUCCGAUAGCGUCUCUCUCGCCGCUGAGACAAUUUCACAUGCAAGAUGGGGCGGGAUCUUAUCACUAUUCCUUUAUCGGACCACAUCAUGCCAAAGCAGAGUCUACAUUGAACGGAAUAACGCAAGGCGGAUAUUCCUACAUCGACGCGAACGGAAUUCUGCAAACGGUCUCGUACACGGCGGAUGAUCAGAACGGAUUUCGUGUCAGGGCGAGUAAUCUGCCGCAGCCGCCGAAGAGUAAUGAGAUGCAACUCGCGCAGGAUGCACCAGAAGUAGUCGCGGCCAAAAGGAAUCACCUUGACGAGCUGCAGAAGUCACAGGUCAACUGGCAGGAUCAGAAUCUCCUGUCGUACAAAGUCCUGCCGCCGUACUAUAGUUUCGCUCAAAUCAAACGGGACGAACACAGCAAAACCGAACAGCUGAAUUCGAACUCGCAAGAGAAAGCGGAAACUACCAAGAAUCCGUUCUUGCUGUCGAGAUCAGAAUCACAGAGAAUCGACAUUCCCAAGCCGGAUCCAAGUCUCUCGAAGGUAACUGCCGCAACUCCAAGCUCUACAACCAUCAUCUCGUCAUGGCCGACCUCGGCGUCGUUGAAGGACAACACGCUUCUAAAGGACAACGAGCAUUCGUCCACUCAGAACACCCUGCAGUUCGUUCCGCUUGCCAGGGACAUCAGUCAGAGACCGCUGACCAUGCCUACGUCCUAUGUGCUCCCAGUGUUACCUUAUCGAUUUCUUCACAGCUCGCUUCAUCAUACUCAGGACUCCCUGGGACAGUACGAUUACAGUUACACCGGAGAUUCCAGCUCGAAAACCGAGUCCAGGUCGCUCGAUGGCACUACCAAAGGCGCCUACAGUUACAUCGACGCUAACGGGAUCCUGCAGCAGGUGCAUUACAUCGCCGAUCACAACGGAUUCAGAGUCCUAGCGACCAAUCUGCCCGAAGCAAAGUGAUGGCUCCAUUGACGCCGUAGGAAAAGUCUCUUUAGGAUGCGAAAUUGUUCGAAGCGCGAUGUUGAUUUUCAGUUUUUCGAAUAUUAGAUAUCGUGAGAAGCAAAGGAGGAGCAAGGUAAACACUUCUAAAUUAUAAAUUAGUGUGUAAAAUAAAAAGAUACAAAAAUAUGUUGGAAUAAAAAUGUUUUGAAUAAUUAGAAUAUGCUUUAAUAAACAUAGAUUUUGUUUAGCAUUAGAUUUGCAAAGAAAGUUGCCCAAUCUAUAAAACAAUCAAAAAGAUGCGACGAAUUGUAUAACUUAGCUUAUUUAUUUAAUUAAACAUACGUGUCUUGCGUCACUCGCAUAAUGAAUAUCGGUGUCGGAAAUUCGAUCAAAAUAAGUUUGCGAAUGCUUCUCGAGUUUGUUCAAUUGUCAAGAGUAUUCCCGCGGAAACGCGGAAGAACAGACUUGAUUCGUAUUCGAAAAUAUUCUGUCGUAAAACUAACUUUAGGUUUUGUACGACUAAUGUUACGUAUGAUUAUCAUCACUUCGUGAGAUCAUCGUCAAUAAAUUAUUUUGCAACACUGUACGUGUUUGUACAUUUCAUUGUGUCAAAAUAAAAAAGUGUUUUAUUACAAAAAA